AUGAAGUGCCCGUCUAUCGCUUGCCUUCUCCUCGCCUUCCUCGGAGCAUGCCUGUGCAAAGAGCAAACGCAGGAGAAGGUCACGAAUCUGAAGCUUGACAAGCAAGUAGAGUCAAAGUUUGUGGGGGAUGAAUCCAAGGUCUUCUGCUACUCGGCCCCGCAGUUCAAUAUCUGGAGGUCUUUCUGCGAAGUGAAGAUCUCUAUCUCGAGCAACUCCAGAAAGCCGCCAUCAGUUUUCAGCGCGUCGGAGGACGACAUCCAUGGGCUGAUAGACCAUUACAUCAAGAGCAAAGGAGAGGCAAAGGGGAUAGAAGCUUUCGAUGUCGUCAAGAGAGCACAGCUGAAAGCGAGGAGAAAGUCUCUUUUCUCUACCCCGUUUGAAAUGCUGGCGCAAUGCCCAUCUAUCCUCAACCCUGACGCCAAGACAUGCGAAAAGACUUUCUCGCCCUUCGGGAGGUCUUGCAUCGUCGUAUCCUUUGGGUCGGGGAAGUCAAACGAUGAAACGAAAGUUGUUCGCGUCCGGGUGACGGCGAGCUGCACUAAGAGUCAGGUCACUAUGUUCGCUGCUGGAAUGCUCCUACUGGCCCUGUCGAGGCCGCUAGCAAAGAGCAAGGUCUUUCAGUAUAGCAGUGGGAUGCUCAUUUCGAUCACCAUUGGCAUGAUGCUUCUUUUCAUUUUCCUUCUCAACAAGAUGAAAGUUCCAGGGUCGAAGACGAUGAGCUUUCACCUCGCAGUCUAUGCUGGAUAUGGAUUCCUUGUCGUCAAGUUUGCGGCCAACAUGUUCAAACAGAUCUUGAUCGAGUAUUGGGAGCUCGUUCUUGGGUAUUGCGCGUUGUUCGCGCUUUUGGGCAUGAUUGUUGUCUCGCGGUUUCGACGGCAUGAGUCAUCAAAACACGAUUUUCGUGUCUGGGUCCUCUGGGUCAUUCGUCUCGUAGGAAUCCUCUGCAUCUGCGGGUUUGGGACAAAAUCUGGUUUGUUCAGCUCCGCCAUGCUCAUUAUCAUCAUUUCGAUGUAUAUUCUCGGUAGGAUCGGGAAAUUCUUCAAACCCAAAGACAAGAGCAAAACGAGCAAGAGAGACUGA